AUGAAAAAUACCCGCAAUAAUUCAGCUUUUUAUCAAGCUUACAAAUUACUUCAACGAAUUUCGUGCAAAACCCUCGGAUUAGCACCGUGGGGAGUUAGUAGCAAGCAACAGGAUUUGCUUAAUGUUUCAUACGUCGGGGCAUACUAUAAUGUUCUGCUGAUAUUUCUUCUAAUCGUUCUCGGUGUCUGUGAACUAUUUAGUGGAUCAUUAUCCGAUGAUUACCCUGGAAAGCUGAUGCCAUUAAUAAUGGUGGAAGUUUUAUUUAUUACAAUAUUGUGCGCUACUGUGAUUCCGUUGCUUUACAUGAUUCGACAAAAGAAGCUCAUAAACAUUUACAAUCGGUUCAAAUUUCUCGACAAGCUGCUAAAAAAGUGCGAAAAUCACAAAUUGAAGUACGACUACACGAACGAUGUUAUCUUCGUUGUUAAUUUAUUGGCAACUGUCUGGGGCAUUAUAAUAGUGGAUUUUUGGUACGUUCCAGCACAUCGAGUUUUUUUUGAAAAUUUACCCACAAUCAUCGGGGGAGGUGUUAUGAUCCAAUACGCAAUGCUGCUUAAUAUGAUCGAAAACAAAUUUAAAAGCAUUAAUUUAAUUAUUUCUAAAUUCAACCUACCAAAAAGCAACAAUAAUUACCCGCAAAUCUUUUCAGUUACUCAAAAAGUUCUAACACGCGAAUCAAUUCUCUACAAUAUAGAUAACCUUAAGUCCGCGUAUAUGGAACUUUACGGGAUGUGCCAUGAUGCUGCGGACUUUUACGGAGUUCCUAUUUUGAUAACGAUUUUGUGCUUUGCUGAAAGGGUUAUUUAUUGCGUAUACCUUUGUGUUUUGACGUUAUUGAAAGUUAAAGGUUUUCACGUAUCAUGGCUUGUAAUGAUACUCCGUUUAAUUUGGAUCGUAUUUAUUUUUCUGGUUUUUACUUCCAGUGUUACGACAAUUAAAAAACAGAAUUGCAAACUGGCGAAGACUAUAACUCGACUGACUGAUAAAAAUACAAUGGAUGAAAAAAUUAUGAAGAAGUUAUUAUUCUUCACAAGUGAUCUCUCUCAUUUGGAAAUUAAUUUAACAGCAUGUGACAUCUUACCCUUAGACCGAACACUUUUAGGAAUAACUACGGGUACUAUUGCAAUGUAUCUUGUCAUUGCUGUUCAAUUUGGCAGUAGUUCAAUCACUCAUUAA